AUGCCAUCAGCAUCAGUUCGUAAUCGACACCAUCUUGUUGAGAAACCUCUCACCCGCCCGCAAGACAAGGUUCUCAGCAGCCCACCUCCCAGCAUCCUCUCUAGAGAUGUUAUACCCAAUAGCAGUCGACUCCCGGCCAGACCAAGGAUCCUCAACCCCAACCCGAAUAGUCUUCUUCGACUCGCCAUCGCCCAGCAUACUGGGACGAACAACAGUGAAAGACUCUCCCCCACCAACAAAGCACUCCUCCAUAGCUUUCUUAUCCGCGUGCGGGAUCCGAGCCAGAGCUCCGUACACCGGCAACAUCACAACGGGGAUAUCGCGCCCGAAGCUGGAUACGCCCGUGGUGCUGCACGCGACGAGGCGCGGGCUGCCACCUGGUUUAUACCCAUGAAAAGUUUGCUAAUCUUCUAUGUCCAGCUGGAUAGACUGAAGAUGAAUGCUCAGAGUCUCCCGCAUGGGCACUCUGAUACAUCGGACGACGAGACUCCGUCUACAAAGACCCCAUCCACCCAGGAAUUGGGGCGGACGCCUUCAGCGCGCCAUGCGUUCUUAUUUCGACACAACCUGAGUCCUGCCACUCCCGACCUCUGCGACCUUCAUCCAUUGCCCUCUCAAAUCCCCUUUUUAUUAGAUGUCUUUGGUGAGAACGUCAAUGUUUUCGCCCAGGUUGUCCAUCUUCCCACCGUCAAGAAGAUGGUCCGUGAUUUGUGUAGCAAUGUGGCCAGUCUGACACCGGCUAUCGAGGCUUUGAUGUUUGCUAUCUACUACGUUGCCAUCACCUCUAUGGAAGAAGAUGACGUCCUCCUCAAUUUUGGCUCCACCAAAACCGAGCUUAACCUCAAAUAUCGCCUGGGCCUGGAAUAUGCCCUUGCAAAGGCUGAUUUCCUCAACGUGCCGAACCUAGUUCUGCUGCAGGGGUUCAUCAUUUUCCUGCUCCUCGUUCGCCGGCACGACAGUCCUCGGUUCGUGUGGAUGAUGACAGGAUUGGCCAUUCGAAUGGGACAGGCUCUUGGGCUGCACCGAAACGGGUCCAAUUUUGUGCAUCUAACCCCAUUCGAGGUCGAGAUGCGACGAAGGGUUUGCUUUGACACAAAAAUGCCGCUGAAUAUCAACGACGCUGAUAUUUCGCCCGACUCGAAACAAAUGCCCCAAGAGCGCAGCGGCUUGACUGACAUGUCGUUCUCGCGCGUCUGGAUGGGCGUGUGCGAUGUCACGAAGCAGAUGAUCGCCCACAACAUCCAAGACCAGCCACCGAGCCUGGAGGAGCAAAGCUGUCUGCUGAAUGAAAUCUACCAGGGCCUCGAGAAAGGCUUUCUUCAAUACUCGACUGAGUCAGGGAAUAUUGCAUACUGGGUGUCUGUGACGGUUGCCCGGCUUGUAAUGGCCAAGCUGUCGCUACUGAUCUACUUGCCCGUGCUCUUCUCGUCGCCAAGCGAGCAGCUCUCAAAAGAGCUCCGAACAAAACUUCUAGUCUCGGCCAUCGAGGCCGCAGAAUACAACCAUGCCCUAAAUGCCGAAAACGCAUGUCGCCAUUGGCGCUGGCUGUUCCAGACUUACACCCAUUGGUAUGCGGUCGUGUACAUCCACCUUGAAAUCUCUCGGCGGCCGUGGUCACCUCUUGUCGAGCGCGCCUGGGUGGCCCUGCACAGCGCCUGGUUGAUCCCGAAUCAAUCGAAUUUGGAAAAGAACCUGCGCAUCUGGUUUCCUCUGCGGAAGCUGAUGGCCAAAUCCCGCAAGCACCAGCUGGUGUCCGAGGAGCGCAACAUCCAGCAACCAUUGAGCUCGGGGCCAUAUGCAACGGCUUCUGAUGCGACCUACUACUUUCCCGAGCUUUGGUGCAAUUUGCUUGGGAGGAUAUCUGGAUCAGGGGGGUUGGCUGGCACGUCCGAGCAACCCGCCACAAAUAUUCCUCACUCGAUGCCGUCUCUUCCCUAUGUGGGUGCUGGUGGAAGGCAACCGGGCCACAAUCCAUCAAGAACCAGCUCCACAGAGUUCGGCACAGCAGUAACGACGUGUUCUCCCAAUCUUUUGGUACCUAACCGCACUCUUCCCAGAACAAAUAAUUCCUCUUUCGCGGGUCCGAGGUAUCAACCAGACGACCAAGCUUCCGGCCCCGGCCUUGUCCCGUGGCUGUGGGCCGAUGAGGAUCCGUCUGUCGGUAUGCCCGCCGAUGUAGCUGCUGAUGUUGAUUUCAACAUGGAUUUGGACGGCGACGUGGACUGGUACAAUUGGGUUGAUUCUGCCAAGGGUAUAGAGUGGGAGUGA